UCGUUACCUGAAGGCGCUGUGGAGAGCUUCAUCAGCGAGUUUACUUGGGAGGACAACGAAGAAAAGGGGGGAUUUGACAAAUAGUAGCAUGCGUCCAAAAACGAGAUGGGGAACCGCCAUAUUAGUAACCCUGUUAGUGCUUGCAGGGACCCACGGAGCCUCCGCACAGUCUGAAGAGAUGUCAGAAGAAGAACUCCUGACCAAUAUCAAGGAAGUCCUGGAGAAGAUCAGCGCCUCCCUUGACGACCUCAUGAGUGUCGUCCAACCCACAACUACGGCUGUUCCUGCUACAACGUAUUUCCCGACCGCGAGCAGUCUUACUCCCACUCCUACGACUACCCAUGAUCCAGCCACGACCCCCGUUGCGACUACGACCACUAGUCUGGCCUCCACCGUCGUAACGUCGACAGGGUCUGGCACCAGCGGUUCUCCGACCACUCCGCCAUCCACUACUAGCUCUUCUGCUGGCACGUCUACUAGCACAACCACUCCCCCAACUAGUACUUCUACUAGCACAUCCACUAGCACAACCACUCCCCCCGCUAGCACUUCGAUUACAACAUCCACUAGCACAACCACUCCCCCCACUAGCACAUCUACUAGCACAACCACUCCCCCCACUAGCACCUCUACCAGCACAUCCACUAGCACAACCACUCCCCCCACUAGCACUUCUACUACCACAUCCACUAGCACAACCACUCCCCCCACUAGCACUUCUACUAGCACAUCCACUAGCACAACCACUCCCCCCACUAGCACUUCGACUAGCACAUCUACUAGCACAACCACUCCCCCCACAAGCACUUCGACUAGCACAUCCACUAGCACAACCACUCCCCCUAUUAGCACCUCUACUAGCACAACCACUCCCCCCACUAGCACCUCUACUAGCACAUCCACUAGCACAUCCACUAGCACAACCACUCCCCCCACUAGCACCUCUACUAGCACAUCCACUAGCACAACCACUCCCCCCACUAGCACCUCUACUAGCACAACCACUCCCCCCACAAGCACUUCUACUAGCACAUCUACUAGUACUUCUACUAGCACAACCACUCCCCCCACUAGCACUUCGACUAGCACAACCGCUUCCUCGUCCAGCGCUAGCACUUCGACUAGCUCAACAUCCUCGUCCAAGGCCUUCUACCGCCUGGCAGCCGAACGCCAGACGUCGGCCGCUGAUGAAGUCUGCACCCCAACGACCAGCGACCCUGAUGACCUUUGCCAGCGCCUCCAGACAGUCCUCGCGAGCAUUGAGACCUCAACGACAGAGAUCUCUGAAGGCAACGUGACUCAGCAGAUCCUUGAGAGUCUCGAGCAGGACUCCGAAAAGCUGGAGGAAGUGGUCAAGGAUGUCAAGGAGGAUGAGGAUUUCGAGUUUAACGAGGAGGUGCUGGUUGAUAAGAUCAAGGAGGUAGAGAAGACCACAGACGAAGCCCUACAACAAACAGAAGACAAGCUGGCAGAGCUGCAAGAUGACACAGAUGAUUACACCCUCGUGAUUGUGUUAGGUGUCCUGGGUUCCAUUUUGGUUCUCAGCCUGCUCUUCGCCAUGGGUUUCGUUCUCUACCGAAGAACACGUAUGAAGAAAACAUAUAAUGAGGUAAUUGGCGAAGAGAUACCUGUACAGAAUUUCCUAGUCAGCGGCCAAGAUAACGAUGGUUACCUGAACGAUGAGCCUAGUGCACCCACCCACCGAGAUGAGAACCUGCACAGGCAACACCCUCAACGCCCAUACACCAGCGAAAGGCCAACCGCCAGUCUCGACAGGCGUUCACACUACCCGCCCUCAUACCCCACUACCGAAAGAAGCCUAGACAGAAACGCCCGCCGCCCAUACACCAGUCCUGACCGCCCUUACACCAGCCCUGACCGCCCUUACACCAGCCCUGUCCGCCCUUACACCAGCCCUGACAAGUACGGCCGCCAGCCCUCUGUACACAGACGGUACGACUCGAGUCCUGACAGGUACGGGAGGCGGAAGAACGACCCCAUGAGAAGAGACGAGGACAGGUACGACCCUUACUCACUCGACCGCCCUGGUGUCCAGAAGAAGACUUACGUAGGUAAACUGCGGAGAAUCGACCCUUGAUGCAUGUAAAUGAAAUCCGAGUUUAUAAAAAAAUGUACAACGUAUUUGUAAUAGUUAUAGAUUAUGUAUGAAUUCCUUCAUCAUAACUAUUAUAUUUGUCUAGUUUAUGCCCAUGUAUCAUAUACAUAUACACUGUAUUUUCAUCUGUUUUAAGAGUGAGUGUAUAUGUAGAUAUAUAUCGUGUUUAUGAAUACAUGUUAUUAGCUGAUAAACUGUUCCCAUUGUGAAUGGGUUUGAUAUUGCUUUAUAAUAAAUGAUCAGUGACAAAGGAUAUAAAUGGAAACGUCCUCUUCAGAUUGUGUUUGUAAAGUAAAUGCGAUCGAAAUCCCGUAUUAGUAAUGUACCUUAUACUGGUAUUUCACGAUCCAAGUCUUUUCUAUCACGUGUUAUAUUAGCAGAUAGAGGAAUUUUGUUCAUGGAAUAUUAAGGUUGCCGUUAUAUGAUAAAAGCACAAAUUGUAUCCUUACAUGAUACAGUAAUAAUGGAGAUAUGUAUUAUAUCUAAACAAACGUACAUUGAUGAAAACAAAAACAGUAAAUGUAAUAAACCUAUAUAGAGUUGUAAGCAUGAUUAGAAAAUUAAAGAUUUUUUUCUGUUGUUGCGUAAAGAGGCAGUCAGAUUUGUUUUUCGUUGAAAAUAAAAUUUCUAAUACAAUACGCAUUUAACUGUAAAUAAUAAAAAAAAAGUCUUGUCUUCAAACUGGUGCCAGAGCCUCUAGUAUUAUAAAAGUGACUUAUCAUGACGAAUAGUUGUUCUGCAGAGAGUUUUUUUUAACUAGCAGACAAGUAAAUUCUUUGUAUAUACGCUUUCACAUUCUAAUAAUUUCUAAAAGACUUUUAAGUUGAUUUAUGCUUUUUGGUAAGUGUCAUAUGUAUUACCCUAUUUUGACACUGGCGAAAUGCUUUGAUUAUUCCUCUGAAUUUCAUCCCACAAUGGUUCAAACCUGCAGAUAUACUGACAGAUAUAUAGAUUAUAUUUUGAUGUACCAAGUAUAUGAUUCCACAAAUGUUCAAUCCACUUCAGUUUUCGUCAGUCAUUACACCAAGUUUUUGCAUAGACUACCUUCAAUGACUGGUGGUGUACUGACUAUUGCAAUAAUAAUUAUGGUAAUAAUAA